CUCACUCAUUAAUGUCUUUCACUUCUGUCUUUGAACCCAAAACAGGAAACUUGAAUAAUUAGAAGCACCGAAAGUGACGUAAGUUCUCGCCGGCCGACGACGUCAUCCAACUCCGGCCUUUCUGGCUUGUAAAAAUGUGAGUGAACAUAUAUGGGAGGAGUAAAUGUUUAAUGUGGGAAAAGUGCAGCUGCUCUAGAUUUGUAAUUGCAAUAAGAUAUAAUUUGGAAGCUUAAAUGUCCAGCCGCAAAGUGCUUUUCACAUACAAGCGAAAGCGCCACUCAAGAAAUAAUCUUCCACAGGAAGAUGGAGGUAAUUCACAUUCUCAGGCUAACAAGGGUACUUAUUUGUCUAAGCCGGACAUGCAAGUGCACUUGAUUGGUGGGAAUGCAUCAGAAGAUCAUGAAACAAAGACUGCGGUAUGCCGUCUUUGUGUGGUGUGCUGUCUUGGGGGUAACCUGAUGCACUGUGAUAAAUGUCUUCAGACGUAUCAUCUUGAAUGCAUAGAUAUGCGCCUCAAGCAUACUGGUCAUGGAAUAAUGCUGAGCUGCGGGUGUAUUGCGGCUUCAUUGGGUGAUGAUAGUAAUGUGGGAAAGCGGUCAGUUGCCCAAAAGGGGAAUGUCACUGAGAUGACCACUGAUUCUGUUGGAUAUGCACCACCAUUGUCAUCACAUGGAAGAGGAAGUAGCUUUGAUGAUGAUUCAUUAAGGUUGAACUCUUCGAAGUUGGAAAAUACUGAUUCGUUUGCUGAAGUUAAGUUAGAGAACUCAAGUGAUGAUUUGUUGGUAAAAACCAAGUGGAAAACCCCAUUACAUACUUUCCACCGGAGAUAUAAAAGAAAAAAGGAUAUGGAUGAGUCUCACAUACCAAGGAAAUCACUAAAAGUGGAAAAUAACUGCUUGGUGAUAACCAAAUCAAACAACUCUGCAUGUGCCAGAACCACUUCAUGUGAAGCAACUUCCAUUGAAAGCUUGUCUCUAGAUCCUGGAGCAGAUCUAAAUCCCUACAAAGAGGUUAUUGAUAUUACUUGUUCUCAUGCUGGAUCGACUACUGGGUCUAAUGUUUUGAUGCAUAAGGAGAGGGCAAUAAAUGAAGAAGCUUUGCAAGAAGGAAAAGUUCCUGACCAGAGUGCUCAAACUUUGAUGGAUGUCAAAGAAGAGUCCAGGGGUCCUAUAGGAACCUCAUUAAGUUGUAUGAAAGACUCCUCUUCUGGAACUGUACCUUUACAACUGGUAAAAGAGGAACCUCAAGUUUUUUCAAGUGAUGAUGAUCGUAAAGCAGCAGCAACCUCUCAUUCGGGCAGAUCCCUUCCUAAUUUGAACCUGUCUGUUGUCAGCACCGAUUCAAACAGUUUUACUAUGGACUUGAAUGCUGACUUAAACUUGAGCUCUCAAGAGCAACAUGUUGCUGCUACGCCAAAACAUACUCCAGGCUUGUUCGAUUGUACCAGUAGAAGUUCUGCAACUGUCGUACAUGAACCACCUCCUUCAGAAAUGGUGGCUGUCAAAAUAGAGAGAGUAGAACCUAAUGCUUCUCUGUUACACAACGAUGGAAUUGAUUCUUCAGAAAUUGGUGCCUGCUGCAAAGAUUAUGAUCAAGUUACUCUUAACUUCGACUCAAAGCAAAAAUGUCUGCAGUUAUUUUCAGAAGACAAAACCAGCGACAUUUUCCACCCAGUGAUGAUCCAGCCUGAGGUGACUGCUUAUAUGGCCUCAGAGGAGAUAAAAAUGCCCCAGUUGGGAAGCAAUAAUAAUCAACCAAAACAAGGAUCUCUACUCAAUCUAGGUCUAUCCUUACCAACUAAACCUUCAGCUGCAGGAUGUGCAACCAACACCUGUUCCAAUACAUUUCCUUUCUUCAACUCCUUCACUGGAACCAGAGACUUUAUCAAUGAUGCAGGUAUUCAAUCUUCGUCAAGCCAUUUAUCAUCAGUUUUAAGACACAAGAUGAUGCACGAUAGCAUUGCAAGCCAAGGAGUUUCGAACGACAUGGGCAGUUUUGAUGACAUAUUCCAGCCGUAUAAUGCCAUGUGGUCUGAAGAGGAGUUGGAUUUUCUAUGGAUAGGUGUGAGGAGAUAUGGACGGGACAAUUGGAAUGCUAUGUUAAUGGAUCCAAGAUUGCACUUCUCACCAUGGAGGGUGGCAAGGGACUUAGCUUUACGAUGGACAGAGGAACAGUUAAAACUGUUGAGUAGCAUGUAUGGCCCUCAAGUUAAGUAUUCAAGAGCACAAGGCAGUACUAUCUUCCACAACUUCUUGCGUCCCCAAGCAGGAUUCAGCUGGCAAAAAUACUUAGCAGGAGGUAAUGUCUCGAGGAAGCCACAAUUCAAAUCAACUUAUAUGUGCAACGAUGGUCAAGAACACCUCCACAUGCCUCUUAGUCACCCAAAGAGGGUGUCUCGUGGAAGGAGCAAACAUAAAGAGGACGAAUUUCAUAGUUUGAGUAGAAGUCAUAGUAUGCUAAGGAGCAAGCUGGUAUCAACUGAACUUCACUCAGCUUGCAAUACUGGAGUGAAGGGUAGUAUGCCCCAGUGGCUCCAAGAAGCUGUUACUGCUUCUCCUCCAAGUCUGAGGGCGUCAAUUCUGCCCCCAACCGCUUCAUCUUUCGCAUUUGCCCAUUCUGAUGCAUCCAAUAUUACCCGCCCUGAUUUGGAUCCCAGCGAAUUACGUUGUGCAGAAAGGAAUGAGAUGCAGCAUACAUAUGGUGGUUCAAGAGAAUCUGACCUACAGCCAUUAGUUAGUAGUGCUCCUUGUUUCAAAACAGAACCGACACCUGAGAUCACUGAACUGAGGAAGGAUUCUUCUCGCGUUGAGAAAGAUAACUUGAUUAUCAUUGACACUGAUGCUUCUUCUGAAGGGACCAUAUCCGAUUAGCUUGGUUAUAGUCCUAUGUUGUAAUAGUUAGACUGAAGGUGUAUUUUGUUGUAGAAUUGUAACGUGCUUGAUUAAUUUGUAAGUCGAAUAAUUUGUAAAUAAUAAUGCAGGGUAUGUACUUGAACUUGGUAUUAUCUUCUUGUCUAAAUCAAUUAG